AUGGAGCAUAUCGAGAGAGCCCCACCACGCAACUUAGAUGGUUCGCUAAAUUUUGACUGGGAUAAUGAAAAUGAUACUCGAAACCCAUUUAAUUGGUCGCGUGCGCGCAAAUGGAGAAUAACUGUAGCUGUGCUUUUAGUUUCCGUCUUGUUUGGCCUUCCAGCUGGGGCCUAUGGUGCCGGAAAUUACGAAAUGUCUAGAUUGUUUGGCAUACCAAAUGAAAAAUUUCCGUACCUAUACCUGGCCACUACAUCAUGGAAUGUAGGAGCUGCGCUUGUACCGCUUAUUUUCGUACCUCUUACAGAAUCUUCUGGCCGACGACCAGGAUACUUUGGAGCAUAUAUUGUCUUCCUCUUAUUCUUAAUUCCAUGUGCUCUGGCACAAAACUUUGGAACAAUGAUACUCUGUCGUUUCUUUGGAGGUGGUGCUUCUUCGGUCGCCAUUAAUAUCGUAGGUGGUACAAUUUCUGAUAUCUGGAAGGGUGCAGAACAAAGAAGUUUCCCACUUUCCUUGUUCGGUACCACCUCUGUGGUUGGAAUAGCUCUAGGUCCGUUCUUCGGAGGUUUAGUCAUCGAACACCUUUCAUUUCGCUGGAUAUACUGGAUACUUCUUUUAAUAAAUGGAGCGUAUUUGCCAAUAUGUUGGUUCGUACUUGUCGAAACAAGGGGUGAUAUCAUCUUAGCCCAAGAAGCAAAGAAAUGGAGGCGGGAAAAUCCUCAUGAGGACCCAAAGUACGCGAGCACAGAGAUUGGAAUAUCUUCUCUUCAAAGCCGAUUACGAAUAUCUUGUGAGCGUCCUAUAAAAAUGUUAUGCACAGAAUGGGUCGUAUUCUCACAGACGGUCUGGGUAUCUUUUGCAUGGGGACUCUUAUUCCUUUUUCAGUCUUCAAUACCACAAACUUUUGGUGAAAAUUAUGGCAUGGGACAGUUCGAAACAUCUUUAAUACAACUAGCUAUUUCGGUUGGAGCUAUUGUGGCCACUAUAAUUAACCCUAUACAGGAUCGUUCUUACCUGCGAUCAGCGGCACGUUCUAGUGAUGGCCAGCCCAUACCCGAAUCGAGGCUAUAUUCGAGCGUUCCAGGUAGCUUACUCUUUACUGCUGGAAUAAUCUGCUAUGGUUGGGCGAGUUAUCCAAAUAUAUUCUGGUUUGCGCCUCUGUUUGGCGUCGGGUUGGUUGGUUUGGGCAUAUACAGUAUUUAUCUGGCGGUGGUAAAUUACUUGUCCGACUCGUACGAAAAAUAUGCCGCGUCGGCUCUAUCCGCAGCUUCUCUUGGCCGUAACGCCUUCGGAGCUUUCUUGCCACUGGCUUCGCCAGCUAUUUACGCUAGACUAGGUACUCAAUGGGGAAGUAGCAUGCUAGGGUUUAUUGCACUAAUACUAACACUUGCGCCUGUUAUAAUGAUUCUCUUCGGCGAGAAUAUCAGAAAACAUAGCCCUUUUAUGAAAGAAGCUACAUUUGGUGCGGAGGAUGAUAAAGCCGGAGAAAAUGGUAGUACUAGAUUGGAAUAA